GCCCGAACCCAAGCCACCCAGCAGCGCCGCCACUGCCACCGGCGACACCCUUUCACCGCGCCCGGAUGGGGGACGCUCUCUUCCUCGUCAACGAUGUAGCUAAAGAAUUCUCCUCCUGAGCACCAGCACCGCCCUGCACCGGCGACCCACCACGGCGGCGGACGGCAAAAUCUGCUACUGUGCUAGUCGGGAGUCGGGAGCGCCGUCUUCCUCCUCAGCCGUGAAGCUGCCUCCUCGCCGUCGCCGGUAAAAAGAGAUCCCUCUUCGCAGCGAAAUCAGCUCCCGAUCCACUAAACAGUAGACCACAGCCGCCGUCCGCGGGGGGCAGACGGCGCGACACCGGCAUAAGCUUCUUCAUCGUUAACAAGUAGCAAGAACACCCUUCAGGGAAAAUCCAUUUCCAUGGCCGGUGAUUCGGAAUGGAAAGCUACCGUGACCGUAGCCGUGCUUGGCUGGAUGUUCUCGCCCGUCAUAACCUUCUUCCUGCCCAAGAUCCUUGUCUACCUCGGAUUCGACGCGUCGAAGAAGCUCCAGGGCCUGGAGAUCCACACCAUCCCGGAGCUGAAGAAGACGCUGCAGGCCGUGGAUCAGGAGAGGAUGAUGCAGAGAGGAAAGAGAGUGAAAACCGAUUUGGACGCCCUCGACAAGUUGGCGGCCAUGCUGAGGCAUGCUCUCGAGGACGCCGAAGACAUCUUCGACGAUGCUCAGCACAAGAGCGUCCUCAGGUGCUGGCAUCACCUCCGCCGCGCUUUCUCCGCUUGCGUUGCCCUCUGCAUCCGGACUGCACGCAACGUUCAGACAAAAUCAGCUCGGCUACUGCAGUGGGCACGGGACAUUUCCUUGUUUUUGUUCCUCCGACGCACGCCAGAGGAGACAGAUCCGGUGACUACCAGUGUUGCCGUAUCAGACGAUGAGAUUGUUCAGGUGACUAUAGAUAUUCCGGCCUCUGGUGGUGAGCCCUAUCUGAUGACAACAAGUGUUGUGGCCUAUGAGACCGUUCCGGUGACUACCGAUGCUGCGGCCUCAGGCGAGCAUGAUCCGGUGACUGCCAGUGCUGCCGUCUCAGACGAUGAGAUCGCUCCGAUGGCUACUGGUGCUGCAGCUUCCAAUGAGCCUGAUCCGGUGACUACCAGUGCUGCGGCCUCUGACAGUGAGACCGUUCCUGUGACUACUGGUGCUGUGGCCUACUUUUUUGGCCAUGAGAUCGUUCCAGUGACUACACCCUCAGAUUCCUCAGGGUGGUUACUCUCUUGCUUCUGCACCUCGUUCGACUUCUUCAAAAACUGUUAUCAUGUCUUUGAGGCUGCCUGCUCUCAGAGAGACCGGUCAUAUGAAGUGGUUGGCAUCAAAAAAUGCCAGGAGAAUGCCUCCUUAUUUGAUAUAUUCGAUAUAUUCCUUACUGCCAUCUCAAGAGUGAAAUUGAAGAAAAGAAUAAAUAAGGUAGAAAACACCGUCAGUGAAGUGAAGAAGUCACCACUCUUGUGCGUGGCAAGCAACACCGCAUCAAGUGAUAUUGCCAACAAGAACAGGAGAAUACUUGGAGCUGCUAGCAAACGGGAGGUAUUUGGUCGAGAGGUGUUGCGUGAUAGUAUCAUGGCAAGGCUUCGUGAGACGCCACAGGGUGAUGCACCAAGCUCGAGGACUUGUCCAUGUUACUCUGUAAUUGGCAUAUACGGUGUUGCGGGAUCUGGGAAGACUACCUUUCAAGAAAUGUUGAAGGAUUGUCACUGCAAUAUUUCAGAUCAUUUGGAUCUGAACAAAAAGUUAAGGGAAGCAUUGCGUGGCAAACGUUUCUUCUUGAUAUUGGAUGAUAUGUGGGUGAAGAACAAGAACGACCCACAACUGGAGGAACUAAUAUCUCCACUCAAUGUUGGGUUGAAAGGAAGCAAAAUCCUGGUGACGGCUCGAACAAAAGAUGCAGCUGGAGCUCUAGGUGCCGAUAAACUCAUUGAAAUGCCUGUUUUGGAUGAGGAUCAAUACUUGGAAAUGUUUAUGCAUUAUGCUCUGGGUGGUACAACUGCUGCAGUUAAAGAAUUUGAACGAGUUGGGGGAUUGAUUGCAAAAAGGCUACACAAAUCACCUAUCGCGGCAGUAACAGUGGCAGGACGGCUUGGGACAAAUCUGGAUAUGAAUUUUUGGAAAAACACUGCAAACCAUGAAACGUUUAAUGAAACCAUGGAUGCUCUUUGGUGGAGCUAUCAACAACUUAAUCCUGACAUCAGGCGAUGCUUUGAGUUCUGCAAUAUUUUCCCUCCAAGAUCCAAAUUGAGAAGGGACGAUUUAGUUCGCCUUUGGAUAGCACACGGGUUUGUAAGGACCAGUUGCGCAACAGAGGACACGGAAGAUGUAGCCGAGGGCUAUGUUCAAGAGUUAGUGUCAUGCUCAUUUUUGCAACCAGCAGGAACUAGUAGGAAUGGCAAUGAUUGCUUUAGAAUUCAUGAACUGCUGCAUGAUUUAUUAGCCAAGGUUGUUGGAAGUGAUUGCUUCACAAUUGAGAAUGAAAGGAGCCACAAAGGAGAAGGUUGGAAGGGAGAAGUCCCUAGAGAUAUCCGCCAUCUUUUUGUUCAGAAUUAUGAUGUGGAAUUGAUCACCAAGAAGAUUCUUGGAUUGGAAAAUUUACGCACUCUCAUUAUCAAUGUUGUUCAAGAGGAUAUACCAGUUGAGGAAAAGGUCAUUGAGAGUAUAUGCAUGAGGCUGCCAAAGUUGCGGGUACUGGCCAUUGCUUUCAACCAGGAACUUCGAAGGGGCCAUUUAAAAGAUAAGUUCUUGGUCCCAGAAUCCAUUAUUCAGUUGAAGCACCUCCGCUAUCUAGCUUUUCGGAAAAAAAUCGGAUGCCAGGUUAUUUUACCAUGCACGCUAGCUAAACUUCUCCAUAUCCAGGUGCUAGAUUUUGGUGCUAGCCUUAUUUCAGAUUUUACCUCUGCUGACCUUAUCAACUUGCGGCACAUAGUCUUCUUGGACGUCAACAUUCCUAACAUAGGCAAGCUGAGCUCACUUCGAACAAUACAAUGCUUCACAGUAAGGAAUGAAGAGGGUUAUGAGAUAAAGCAGCUUAGGGACCUAAACAACAAUGCUUCACAGAUUUUACCAUGCACGCUAGCUAAACUUCUCCAUAUCCAGGUGCUAGAUUUUGACCAACGCUUGUAACACUUAGUCAGCCUCCAAUGUGGUUGUCCCGCAAAAAGAGGAAUGCAAGAAGGUGAGGUGGGUCAGGCUUCACAGGAAGGUGAAGCUACGAAGGGUAUGCGUAGCCAGCAGGAAGGUGGGUUGCAACUUGAGAUCCUAAGAAGAAUAAGAGCACUGUGGUUUGUGCAUGUUCUUCGUCUUCGUGUUUGCCUGUGCACACUGAGAUUUUCAGAGUGAAUCACAGUGAGCGGUACUAGUAGUAGUAUUCAGUGCAACGGGAUUCAGAAAAAUUAUCCAGUACUGUUUGUGAUCUGUAAUAAUGUCGGCAGUACCGUUGAAUUUGAUUGAUAACUUCUAUUUAAUCAGUAUGCUAUGUAAUGCAUGUGUGCUAAGG